AAUGUCUCGUGCAACAUUCGGGGGACCCUGGUCGCGGCUGACCUGAUCAAGGCCUACCCCGAAGCCAAGGUGGUGGUCAGCACCCGCGAGGUGGAUCGGUGGCUGCGCUCCAUGCGGCAGUCGGUGGAUUCUGCAGUUUCCUGGAAAUCGUUUGACUGGUUGGCCCCUUGGGAUCCGUAUGUGAUCGGGCGAUGGUGGAAAUACCACAAAUUCCAGCACGGGCUACGACCCCUGAUUGCUCCACAAGGGGAGCGCCAGGCAUACCUGGAUUAUUACGCCUGGAUCCAACACGCGGUGCCGGCUGAGCGGCUGUUGAUGUUCAACCCGCGCGAUGGGUGGGGGCCGCUGUGCGAGUUUCUGGGGGUCCCCGUACCCGAUGUGCCCUUCCCCCAUGUCAAUAACACCGAGCAAUUUCUGGCAGGUCGACGGCGGCGCUGGUGGCGCACAGUGGGGUUCAUGCUCGCCAAGUUGUCGACCCCGGUUCUGGCGGUGGUGGCC